AUGACGACGGGACUGGCUCCUGCACCACGCUGGAGUCGGCCCGCAGCCGGGGCACGACCACGUGGUCCACCACGGCAGACGCGCUCUCGAACUCCCGUGCUCUGGAUUUCCACGGCACACCUGAGCCUGCGCCACAGAUCCAGCCGCACCGCGUCCUCCAGCGGCUCCGGCCUGGUCCGGCAGGAGGGCACCCUGGGCCGCAGGAACGCGCUGAGGGUCGGCGCAGACCCGGCGGAGCGCAGGAAGCGGGAGGAUCGGGCGUUGAUGGGGCGGCUCGAGAAGUCCGUGCAGGCGGGGGCCACGCUGCGCACGGUCCUGGUCUCGCCCGUCGUCGACCGGCUGGCCCCGAGCGGCGGUGACCGCGGGCUCCUGCAGAAGCCGUUCUUCGAGGCGCGCGAGCUCCAGAUGAGGCGCCCCAGGCCCGCCUGCCUCCGGCCGCUCCCGCCGCGGUCGCAGAGCGAGCCGGCCCUCGAGGGCCACGGCCCGCAGCCGAGCUCCCCCGGGAGGCCCGCGAGGGCGCCGCCCGGGAGGCCGGAGGCCCGCGACGCGAGGCCGCCGCGGCAGGACGAUGGGGCGCUGGCCGCCGCCAAGGCCCCCAGGAUAGGAGAGGUGCUCAGCCUCGAGGCUCCAGGGACCCUGAAGCACGAGGUGGUGCUGAGCCGCCUCGCGAGGCAGGCGGAGACCCACCUGAAGCAGUCCUUCGACCAGUCCAAGAAGGACUACGACAUGACCACUGGCCAGAGGAAGAACCUGAACGACCCGAGGCGGUCAGGGGCAGAGCGGGAGUACGUUAAGAGAGUGCAGGACAUGGUCGGCAAGCCCUGCUCCAGGGCCCCGAGGAUGCUCAAGCAGAACACGUACGCCCUGAGCAAGGGGCGCUCCCAGCUGGUCCGGCGCAAGGAGCAGCUGCUACGCGAGGGCAGCGAGGUCACGUCCGCCAUCUUCUCGAAGCUGUCUGAUGCUGGAAGCGUAUCGAUAUUGAAGAGCCUCACCGCGUGA